UAAAAAGAGAGGGAAAAAGUUCAAUUAUUUGAAGGAAAUAAAAAAAGGUGCUCUUCUGGUUUAGAGAGAGUGGAUCGGAGUCUACAAAAGAGAGAUGUGAGAGAUGAAGCCUGCUCCACUUUUUUCUUCAUUCUUCAUCUUCUCUCUUUGUGUUCUCUCUCUCUCUCUCUCUCUCAGAAAAAAAAAAAAAAAACAAAUAUGGAUUCGUUCGAUUUGGAUAACGUGAAAGCAGAGAAAGCAAAGGCGUUGCGGCGUUUCAACCGCUUCCGGCGAAUCGGAAGUAUCUUCCGUGCGGCUGAGGUUUGCGUGGCUCUCCUCCUCGUCUUUUGGACAUUCACGCGCCUUCCUUUCGCCGUUCAGAUCUCCGGAGCGUUUCUCCGCCGUAUCGCCGCCCUUGUAUCGACUCCUCUGUUCGUCUUCCUCCUCGGCAACUCCAUCGUCCUUGUUCUUCUCACCAAGUCUUCCUCCGAACAGACAACCGCCUCCGCCGCCGCCUCAACAACAAACGCAGAAACAGAAAUCUACGAGGCCUUCGUCAGAUCCGUAGAGAGUCGAUCCAAGCCGUCCGAUGACGAAGACUUGGCGGAUGAGACUGUCUACCACGACAAACAGGUGAUCGUCACUCAUUUGAACGCGGAUGAGAAUAUAACACACGUCCAGAUUGAUCAUCCCAGUGGUAAGGUCUAUGGAAGGAGCAAAUCAGACGUUUCGGCAAAACAGAGUAGUAGUCCAAAUAUUAUGAAACAACGACGUUCUCUACAGAGAUCCAAGACAGACAAGUGCUGCAUCGUCAGGGAGAUUGAAAACCAAAAAGAGGACGACAACAACAAGUAUGAUGAUCCAGAAGAAGAUGAUAUGAGCAACGAAGAGUUUCAGAAAACGAUCGAAGCUUUCAUAGCAAAAGAGAGAUUGUUUCGUCGUCAAGAAUCUUUAGCCGUCGUUGUCCAUAACAUAAAGCCUUAAUAAUAUCUUUAAAUAAAAGGCAUCAUCAGUAUUCUUAUAGUAUUAUCGAAUCAACUUCAAGCAAACAACCAAAGUUUUGUGAAACUUGACCAUAUGGAAUCUUGUUUUCUUUUCUUUUUUUUUUUUAAGAAAAAAAUAUAUUCCAUGUAUAAUAAUAAUAUCAAUCAUCUCUAUGUACAGUAAUUAGUUGCUUAUUAUGAAAGAUAUAUAUUAUAUUUUUACUUGUCUCA